AUGGGGAGAAACUACAUGCUGACACGGUAGAAUAAGUGGUCCCUCAGGAAGCUAUAUUUGUAAUGAAACUAGCAAAACAUUUGUUAUAGUUUAACCUCAUCCUUAAAUGCUUCAUGUUGAAGCUAUUUUCAGUAUAAUGUUUUUGUAUUGUGUGUUUGUGGUAUGGGUAGGGCCAAGAGUUUUUAUUGACUAUGAUAUCUGCUCAGCAUAUGCAUUUUCACCUCCUUUUAUAAACCAACUAAUAAGGGCGUGGAGUUUACUUGGUCUGGUCAUGUGGUCAGGAAAACUCCUGGCCCUGGGCAUAGUACAUGUGUAUCAAUGUGAUGAAAAGACCAUUGAAGGCGUCAUGUUUAUAAGUUCUCGUGCAUGAUAGCUAAAAGCAAGAAAACUGCCCAUGGUUCACUCCCCAGUCCAGUCUAUAGAUCAUCUUUCAUUUGUAUAUAUUUAAUUGAAUAAAAUAUGUCUAAUAUUGUAAGUGUGGAGUAUGUUAAAGUAAUUUAUUGGUUUAGUAUUAGAAAAUUCCAUGCUCUUUGUACUCCUUCCUAUUGGUGGCAGUAUUGCAAUUUCGAUCCUAUGAAGCUGAAACCAUAGAACUAUAGACGUAGUCGACUGAGGAAACGAGUUUAUUGUUGGUUAACCAGUUGCCUUUUAUAAUACAUUUAAUCUAUACAAUUUAUAUUAAAGUCAAACCACUCCGAUUUUUAAGAGAGACUGGUAGUGUGCAUGCAAGUUGUUUGACCCCUCAAGAGCCAGAACGAGACGGCGAACGCAAAGGCCUGCGCGACGGUAGCAUCAGCGCAGGAGAAGGGGGCAGACUCGAGGUAGACCAUCAUUAGCUACAAUCAAUGUUUGCCACUUAUUAUGGAAAAUGUGCAAUGUAACAAUUUCAGUGUGGCAAUUUCAUAUAUUUUUGUCGAUAUUCUAUCUUGCAUGCUUACAUUUACAAUAGUUAGCAAGGUAUAUGCCAGCCUGCUCUGAAAAUUACAUUACAAACUAGCUACGUAGUUAACUAUAGCCAGCUGGCUAACGUUAGCACAUUUCAACUGGCAUUCAAAACAACGUACAAGCAAGCUAGCAUUAUAGAAGUGAAAUGCAAUUACCUACAUAUUGGAACUCAACUUGUUUGUUUAGAAGCCUGUUAAUUAGUUUGAGUCCUUAUGUCUUGCCUUGAACAUGCAUAUCGGGGCAAAGAACAUCAAAUAUAGCAUAAUCAACCACAUCACAUACUUACUGUUAUAUAGUUGUCACCCAGACACACAGUAAAGUUCCCCACCUCUUUGUCUGCAGUGAAUCUGGAGUGUCAGCCCAGCUCAGGCACCUUGGCAGUAUAUACCCAAUGGAUCCAGAGAGGCACAGUCGACAGAGGCAGUAUGAAGAACCAGAGAGGUACAGUCGGCGGAGGGAGUACGGAGAACCGAGCUCAGGACAAUGGGACGAUGACCUUGAAAAGAGAGGCAACGGCCAGGGUAUGGCCAGAGAGCCCUACAGUGAAUACUCCAGCAUGAGGAGGACUAGAGAAGGUUGGGAAGAGUAUGGUGCUUCCUCUGCUAUGAACUACAGCAUGGACCCAUCGUCCAGAGACUGGAGCAAAGGCUCAUUGAGGGGUAGCGGUGCUCCCUUCUCCCCAGACACAGAUGAUGGAGAUCCUGUGGAGCCCAAUGUGGAGGACCUGGAGCUCGCUCGUAAGAAGAAGGAGCUGGAGGUCAUAGAGGAAAAGAUAGCUCGCAAGAAAGCUGUUCUUGCUAUGCAAAAGGUUAAACGGGGAGCUAAGGACAAUAAUGUUGCGGACAAGUCGUCACGCCUACCUCUUAAACGGAGGGUGCUGGACAUUGUGAGUAAGCUCAGAAGAACACCGGUAGGUUACCUACUUCGUCAGGUAUGUAUGUAUCUAUUAGUUCUGAUUUUAUUAAUCAGGUUUGGUGUCAAAUCUGAAUUAUAUUGCUAAUUGGUCAUUAAUUCCCAUAAAAUUAUUGGAUUUGAAUUGGCCACACCACAGGAAGCAGAAUUGAAUUUGAAUUGAAGGGAAAGUUAAUGCAAAAUCUAGAUUUGGGUCGAAUCCCCUUUCAGUUGUCUGUAGAAUUUAAUUCAAUGAAAUUCUAAUAGAUCAUUUAUUCCAUACAUCAUUAUGUUCAUGUUGACAUCAUGUAUGGUGACCAAUACUAUGUUUGACAUGUUCUAGCCCUACAAGCUCGUCGUCAUGUAUACAGUUAAUAACUUGUAAAUACAUUUAUUUAACAUUCGGUCUUGGGGCAUGGCAUUGGAGAAGCGUGUAAGUUAAGUCACGCUGAAAUUACUAACUGUUUUAGUAGCGCGUGUCUGACGUUGGUAGAUUUAUCCAUAGUCGGAACACAGUUCUUAUUAAAUCGGCAUCCCUCACAUUACCUGUGCACAAGAAAGUGUUAAAAUCAAGUAUGAAUGUCAAUGUUUGCGCGCACGCACACCCUUUCUACUUCCUGUCUGUUGAAGCACGGCGCCCUUAUUGGAGGCUGAUUAGUUAGGACAAACGGGUGUAAAACACAGACAAACGUGUGCACAAAGCAAUAACACAACAUGGAAUUCGUGUUUGAGUUUGAUUUGGAGGGAAGGUAGCAUCCAUCAAUUGAAUUGAAUUGAAUUGUUUCCUGGGCACUGCUCGGCGACGCAAAUCAGAACCGUCUACCAACCACGGAAAUUCCCUCCGACGUGGGAAACGGGCACAGUCUAGGGUCGGGAAAUAAGACGCAGGGUGGGUAAGUGCUAUACUGCUAAACCCCUGGGCUAAACAUGUUCUUAAAACAUUUCAUUUUUAAAACUCAUCCUCCUAAAACAAGUUAUAAUUAGUGGUCUGGAGAUAUUCUAAGAUAAUUAUGUAGGGUGUCUCUAAUAAUUUAUCAUUCACUUUAAAUGUUAUUAAAUGUAAUGAUAGAAAAACAUACAUUUCUCAGAAUGCAUUAGAUCAAACACUCCAGAAUGGAAGGGAACAUUUCAUGACAAAAAUACAAACUAAAUACUAUUUGACAUCAUUGAGUUUUAAUCAAACUAACAUUUAAAAUGGUAUCUGUAUUCUUUAGUAAGAGGUGGCAGGUGACUUUGGCAAAUAAUUUGUCAAAGGAUUGAGACUCAUAUAUUCAUGUCACAGUUGAAUUUAUUUAAAAUUCUACUUCCUUUAUUAAAAAGUAUAUUCAAAUUCUGCUUCCUGUGGGGUGUGAACAAUUCAAAUUUGAAUUUCAAUUAAUGGGUUGAAUUUAAUUACAUUCCGAAUUGACCUCAACACUGUUAUGAAUAGAUCUUCCCUGAUAGAUCAAAAAGAAGUUGCUGGAUAGUAAACAAUGCCAAAAAAAAAGCAGAAAAUCAAAGCACUAGCGUGUAGUGGAAAAAAAGAAAGCCUUUAUUGUUUAUGGCUUAUGCAUAGCAAAAAUAAAAAAUGCACCAAUGCCCCCCCCCUUUCCCCUAACACAGAUCUAGGAUCAGUUACCCAAAUCCUGGAACUUACAUUAACCAUUAAGAGGUAAAUAAAAACGGACCUUAGAUCACUAUUCAGGGGCAACUGCAUUACACAUACUAAAAUAUUGUCUCUAUUUUCCUCCAGGAUACCCCUGCCAAGCCGAAAAAACGAAACAAAAUACGAGCACUGGAGAUGAUGAUUAGCGCUUCCCUAGAAAAUGAAGAGGCCCAUCCUCUGAGACUGAGGGUGAGGGCUUUAACGAACCAACGACGCUAUCCCAACAAUGAGGAGGUAUGUAGCCAUAACAAAACAUAGAGACCGGCAAAAUAAUCAUAAGGAGGAAGUCAAGAAAACCAUGGCCCCCGAUUAAUACAAUGGAUUUGUGCCAUUGACACCCAUUCCAAAUAGGCUAGAUAUAAAGUGUCUACUUACUUGUAUGCUUCAUAAUAUUUUUUGUGUUCUUAUAGGCCUAUAGUUUUUUCUAGAACUGCUACAGUGGGGGGAAAAAGUAUUUAGUCAGCCACCAAUUGUGCAAGUUCUCCCACUUAAAAAGAUGAGAGAGGCCUGUAAUUUUCAUCAUAGGUACACGUCAACUAUGACAGAGAAAAUGAGGGAAAAAAAUCCAGAAAAUCACAUUGUAGGAUUUUUAAUGAAUUUAUUUGCAAAUUAUGGUGGAAAAUAAGUAUUUGGUCAAUAACAAACAAGCAAGAUUUCUGGCUCUCACAGACCUGUAACUUCUUCUUUAAGAGGCUCCUCUGUCCUCCACUCGUUACCUGUAUUAAUGGCACCUGUUUGAACUUGUUAUCAGUAUAAAAGACACCUGUCCACAACCUCAAACAGUCACACUCCAAACUCCACUAUGGCCAAGACCAAAGAGCUGUCAAAGGACACCAGAAACAAAAUUGUAGACCUGCACCAGGCUGGGAAGACUGAAUCUGCAAUAGGUAAGCAGCUUGGUUUGAAGAAAUCAACUGUGGGAGCAAUUAUUAGGAAAUGGAAGACAUACAAGACCACUGAUAAUCUCCCUCGAUCUGGGGCUCCACGCAAGAUCUCACCCUGUGGGGUCAAAAUGAUCACAAGAACGGUGAGCAAAAAUCCCAGAACCACACGGGGGGACCUAGUGAAUGACCUGCAGAGAGCUGGGACCAAAAUAACAAAGCCUACCAUCAGUAACACACUACGCUGCCAGGGACUCAAAUCCUGCAGUACCAGACGUGUCCCCCUGCUUAAGCCAGUACAUGUCCAGGCCCGUCUGAAGUUUGCUAGAGUGCAUUUGGAUGAUCCAGAAGAGGUUGGGAGAAUGUCAGAUGAAACCAAAAUAUAACUUUUUGGUAAAAACUCAACUCGUCGUGUUUGGAGGACAAAGAAUGCUGAGUUGCAUCCAAAGAACACCAUACCUACUGUGAAGCAUGGGGGUGGAAACAUCAUGCUUUGGGGCUGUUUUUCUGCAAAGGGACCAGGACGACUGAUCCGUGUAAAGGAAAGAAUGAAUGGGGCCAUGUAUCAUGAGAUUUUGAGUGAAAACCUCCUUCCAUCAGCAAGGGCAUUGAAGAUGAAACGUGGCUGGGUCUUUCAGCAUGACAAUGAUCCCAAACACACCGCCCGGGCAACGAAGGAGUGGCUUCGUAAGAAGCAUUUCAAGGUCCUGGAGUGGCAUAGCCAGUCUCCAGAUCUCAACCCCAUAGAAAAUCUUUGGCGGGAGUUGAAAGUCCGUAUUGCCCAGCGACAGCCCCAAAACAUCACUGCUCUAGAGGAGAUCUGCAUGGAGGAAUGGGCCAAAAUAUUUACAUUUACAUUUUACAUUUUAGUCAUUUAGCAGACGCUCUUAUCCAGAGCGACUUACAGUUAGUGAAUACAUAUAUAUAUAUUUUUUAUACUGGCCCCCCGUGGGAUAUACCAGCAACAGUGUGUGAAAACCUUGUGAAGACUUACAGAAAACGUUUGACCUGUGUCAUUGCCAACAAAGGGUAUAUAACAAAGUAUUGAGAAACUUUUGUUAUUGACCAAAUACUUAUUUUCCACCAUAAUUUGCAAAUAAAUUCAUUAAAAAUCCUACAAUGUGAUUUUCUGGAUUUUUUUUCCUCAUUUUCUCUGUCAUAGUUGACGUGUACCUAUGAUGAAAAUUACAGGCCUCUCUCAUAGUUUUAAGUGGGAGAACUUGCACAAUUGGUGGCUGACUAAAUACUUUUUUCCCCCACUGUAUGUUAGUGUCAUCCCUGUCAACCACCUGAUGCAUCAAUUGCUACCUAGCAUGCAAACAGUCAUUGAGAUGGACUUGUAGCAUAACUAGCCAGCUAAAAGCCAAUCAUUGCUGACUGAGUAAUUAUGAGUAAAAAGCAGUUGACAGAAUGCAACCAAAUACAUCCAUUGUGACAUUCAGAUGAACAUACAAGCCCAUGAAAACACAAAGGUAGUGUGAAAUCCACACUUAAGCGAUACGUAAAGGAAGGCUACGUUUGAUGGGCGGUGUUCAUGAUAGAAGCAGAUCAAACCCCCCCUUUUUUUUUUGUGCUGAGCGAUUAGUGCUUUUUGAUUUCAGUGUCGGUAAUUUUUUUAAAACAUGAAAUGCAUCGUGCAUUAUGUGGGUUGAAUGCUGUAACACAGAAUAAAACAAUUAAUAAAAGUCCCAUGAUGGUAGUGACUGCCAAUUACUGCUUAAUACUUAUUAACCAUCAUUUAUUCACAUUACUUUAAUGUAAUAAAAUAUUUCAGUUGUGUAUAUUACAUUUGUUUUAUUUUAUGACUUUAUUAUUUCAUUCCAAGUCAUCUCAUCUCUAUAGAGCUGCUGUCUGACAAAAUCACUAUUUUGUAGUUCUUAAAAGUAAAUAAGGCAUACUUUUUAUGACUGCUGAAUACCAACUAUCAAUCACUUAGGUCAUGUAUUUUCAGGUAGAGAUACCUUGCGAAGCAACAGGUGCUCUCUAUAUCACCUCACGAUCUCACAUUCGUUUCUCUUCAGUAUCAGGCAUAAAAGAAACACAGACCGGACAAGUAUAUGCGCAAUGGAUUAUUGUAAUUGUAGUUAAUUACCACGUUUUAUGCGCUAAACUAUGUAGAAUAUUGGCCUGUCGGAAACUACAUCGCACAGUUCAGGCUGGAUUUGAUUUAUGUCUGAUUUAGGCAAUGUGCGCAUUGAGCUCACAGGAAAAAACAACGAAAUGGAAUUCAAAUAAUUGAAACUACGUCGGUCAAAUAGUUGUUUAAAAAACAAAAAAUAACUGAAAUGUCGGUUAAUCGCCCUGCACUAGUUUGUUUAUAGCUGAAGUGGAUAGAUAUUCAUUGAUGAUUCCUCAUAUGUUUCCUUCUAGGUGGACCCUAAUGAUAAACAACAUAAUCCAACCAUUAAGAGACCAGUUCACUCACUCAGGACACAGGAGCAAGACAUAGCAGCCACAGGCUUCCAGCGCUUCCUCAAUGUCCUCAACGAAGGGGUGGACAUCAACAAGCUCUCAAAGAUCGUCAACAAUGUAAAUGAGUUACCCGUUGUGGGCGAGGAGCUACCACAAGUUUGGCCCACUCUGCUCGAGGGUAAUGUUGACUCCAGCAGUAGAUCCAAGUCUUCUCCGGUUGAGGAGAAGAAGGUGGUGGGGCUUGAAGAUGAGCAGCGGUACGAGCGGAUGCAGACCCUGCUGGAGAUCGUUGGGCUGGACCUGGGGGUUGAGGAGUUGGGUCGGCUGACAGACAGGACCAAUGAUAGGCUGUACGGGAAGAUGGGAGACUUGAAAAGGAAGGAGAAUGGAGAGGAGAGAGAGCCCUCAUUUAAACAUCUCAGUACUUCCUCAUUACCAUCAGACAGCACCAGCCCUAGCCCCCUUCUAAACCAGCACUCAAACAUGACCGUUGAAUACAGUAGCUCUAGUAACAGGGUAUGGGACAUAGAGAGACACAGGGACAGAUCUGAGAGAGACUGGCACAGACACUCUAGUACCAGAGACCGGGACGAGGAUAUAGUCAGAGAAAGGGACAAAUCUGAAAGAGAUGGAGAGAGAGAUGGGCACAGACACUCUAGUACCAGAGAGAGAGACAAGGACCUACCAGUAGUCAGAGAAAGGAACAGAUCAGAAAGGAACGGAGAGAAAGACUGUGACAGAUCUGAGAGAGACAGGGACAGAUACAGAUCUGAGAGAGAUAGGGACAGAGAACCAGGGAAAGGCAGGGACGGAGGCCGAGAGAAAGACUGGGACAGAUCUGAGAGAGACAGGGACCCAGAGAAAGACGGGGACAGAGAACGAGAGAAAGACCGGGACAGAUCUGAGCGAGACAGGGACAGAUACAGAUCUGAGAGAGAUAGGGACAGAGAACCAGGGAAAGGCAGGGACGGAGGCCGAGAGAAAGACUGGGACAGAGUGAGAGAUGGGGACAAAUCUGAGAGGGACAGGAACCGAUACAGAUCUGAGAGAGACAGAAACCGAGAGAUAGACAAGGACAUAGACAGGUGGCUGCAAAGGACCAGAGACGGGGACAAACCUUCUAGGACCAGAAACUGGAACAGCGAGAGUGACUGGGACAGCUACUCUAGUACUAGAGACUGGGACAUAGAGAGAUCUGAGAGGAAUAGGUAUGGGGAUGAGUCCAGGGAAAGCUCCAUUGAGCUCAACUCAUACUCCAUGAACCCUAUAUACCCUGUUUCUCAUCCUCCUCAUGCAUCUAUGAUGGCAACCUGCUCCACCACCCAGUACUCUCAGUAUAUGGCAUACCAGAGCAGCCCCUACACCAUCGCCUUCCCUCCAGUGUGGGGUUAUCCCCCUGGUACCAUGCCCCCUUGUACCAUGCUUCCUGGUAUUAUGCCCCCUGGUACCAUGCUUCCUGGAAUCAUACCCACUGGUGCCAUGCUGCCUGGUAUAAUGCCCCCUGGAAUCAUGCCUGCUGGUGCCAUGCUGCCUGGUAAAAAGCCCCUCCUACCUAACGCCCCUGGGGAUCUACCCUACACCAACUUCCCCCCAUAUUACUCUAAUGGCACCACAGCCUUAAACCAGACAUACGCAUACACCCAGCCUGCUAGCAACCUCCAGCUUUCCAUCACUCCAGCAGGUAACCGCAAGGAAAGGAGACGGAAGAAGGCACAAGCCUUAGCGAAAUUGUCCUGUCAGAUGGCGACAAAGAAGUCCCUCCCCAAAUUGCAAGUCUUCCGACAAGCUCGGAAAGACAGUACCAUGCAAUAUCGAAAAGCCCUCACUGCUGCUCGAUCAACCUACUUGAUCAACCUGACUGGGAAAAAAAAAAAUCCAAAAUGUAUUUCUGAUGCUGUCGAUAAGCUAACUAAAAAGCAGCAUUCCCCAGCACCCAAAAUGGAAGGGGAGGGAGGAACGACAGAAGGUGAGGAACUGCUUGCAGACACAAUAGAGAAACUGCUUCCUCAGGUGGCUACAAAUGACUCUGGGCUUCUCUCUGAACCAGGGCCCAAGAAAGAACCAGAAAGAGAGGAAGAAACUAAGUUCGAAGAGGAGAAACUGCUUGCAGAUCAUGUGGAGAAAGUGUCUGUAAAGGGCCCUCGCGUCCUCUUGGAACUAAAGGCUGAGAAAGACCGAGAAGGAGAGGACGACGCAAUUAUAGAUGGACGCUGUGGAGAAAGCGGCUACAACGGGCCCUGGCUUCCUCUCUGA